GCAGGAGAUGAAGGGAAAAAUGUCAUCACUGUAUUUAUCUGUCAAGAUAUCAUUACAAUGCUAAAUGUUCAAGAAACUUCCUGUUUUAAAGAGUUAAAUUUCACAGUUACGUGUCUUGUCUAAAUCCCCAAAAGAUGUCCUGUAUUUCGAACAACGCAGUGAUAAAUGGCUUCGUAAAUGCACUGGAAACUAACCCGAAAGUUACCUGGGACCGAAAAGUACCAGGAACACAACUGGAUAAAUUCAAGAAAGUAAUUGAACAUAAAUACGGUCAUCAAUUUGAUUCGUAUUGGGAUUUCCAUAAAUGGUCUGUAGAAAACUAUACAAUCUUCUGGGAAGAAAUAUGGCACUAUUUUGGUGUUAUAGCAUCGAAACCAUACGAAAAGAUACUGGCGAAAACAGGAAGUGGAUUUUUGGAUAAUGAUUGGUUUCCUGGUGCAAGGUUUAACUUUGCCGAAAAUAUUCUUCGAAUAAGAGAUAAUCGCGUCGCUCUGUUAUGCGCUGAUGAAUUAGGGAAUGAGGACUCAGUGACAUACGCUGAGAUGUUCGAAGAAGUCAAACUAUAUGCAGCAGCAUUUCGCAAACAUGGAUUGAAAAAGGGAGACAGAGUAGCUGCUUUAAUGACGAACAGGAAAGAAGCAAUAUUUGCAAUGUUAGCAACAACGAGCAUUGGCGCAAUAUGGACAGGACCACUUCCCGACUUGGGAGCCAAAGCCAUUUCAAUCAUGGUUAAAUACGUUGAUCCUGCAAUGAUAAUAGCUUUGGAUUAUUUUCAAGAUGAAGGCAGACAAUACGAUCAGUUUCACAAACUCGUCGUGGCUUCUGAAAGUGCUGUCAAAGUGAAAAAGGUUAUUGUGUUAGCAUCUAAACCAGAAACUAUUAAACGUUUAUCAGAGAUACGAAACAGUAUAUUAUUAGAAGAUUUCCUGAUGAGUGGAAGAACAGCUGAAGGUAAAGUGCCAGAUCUCGUGUUCGAGCAGCUGCCGUUUAAUCAUCCUAUCUCCAUUAACUUCACAUCAGGCACAAGUGGGCAUCCUAAAGGAAUAGUCCACUCAGCCGGGACGUUUAUUUGUUUAUUCAGAGAUUAUGCACUGCAUUUGAAUUUGAAGGAAGGGGAUACUGUAUACACGUAUUGUGCGGUUGGUUGGGCUGUAUGGGAUAAUCCUAUUCCAAGUUUAGCUUUAGGAGUCACAUUGUUUCUCUUCAACGGAAGCCCAAUAUUUAACGAAAAAGGCCUCACUGUCUGGGACUUUUUAUCCAAGCACAAAAUAAAAUGCGCAUGUCUUGCACCCAGCUAUAUGGAUUCUUUAGAAAACAGCAAUAUAAUUCCUGAUUCCGGAAUGAAUCUUGAUAACUUAGAAAUAGUUACGCUCGGAGGUAGUCCACCUAAAAACAGAAAUUACGAAUUCUUAAGCAAAAUAAAAGAAAACUUAUUUGUCUGCAGUUAUUACGGAGCUUCUGAAAUGUUUGGAGCUUUCUCAGGUUUCGAUUUGAAUAUGCCUAGUUAUUCUUGCGAGUGCCAAGUGCCAUCAUUGGGAGUUGAUUUGCACGUUUUUGACUACGAAGGGAAUUCUGUUGUUGGAAAGAAAGGAGAAAUCGUGGUCAAAACUCCGUCACCCUCUUUUCCUUUAUACUUAUGGAAUGACAAAAAUAAUGAGAAACUCAAAGAAACAUAUUUGUCAAAAUAUCCAGGAGUUUAUACUCAAAAUGACGAAGGUUGGAUCAACCCGAAGACAAAAGGAAUUGUAAUUAUUGGUAGAAGUGAUAACACAUUAAAAGCAGAGGGAGAACGUUUCUGUUCUGAAGAUGUGUAUUUUGCAAUUGACCAGAUGGAUGAGCUUGAAGACUUCAUUUGCGUCGGUCAGAACAAGUGGAAUGGAGAUUCAAGAGCUGUAUUGUUCGUUAAGGUGAAAAAAGGUCACAUCUUCAAUGAUGCACUAAAAGCAAAAAUAAAUGAAGCUAUCACAAGAGAAAUGUGUAUUGAUUUUAUACCGGAACUCAUACUGGAAAUUCCAGAUAUACCAUACAACCUCAACCAUAAAAGAAUGGAGAUUAUCAUAAAGAAUAUAUUGGCUACGAAUACAAUACCUGAAGUACAGAACAUCAAGAAUCCAGAAUGUCUCCAGUAUUAUCUCAAUAUUCCAGAAAUACUGAGUUAUAACAAGAAGUGAUUCAGAAGAUACAGAAAGAUUUUUUUUCUAAACUGAUGGAAAUGAUGAAAAUACCAGAACAAUGUAGAUUCUUAACAAUUGAUUUUAUGUUCAAAUGUAUCUCCUCUUAAAAAUAAACUACCAUUAUAAAGAUACAAAAA